AAGCUAUCCCUUUUCGUCUCGCAGACCGUGACAUCCGCAAGCUGUUGCUUUCCCGGCAUCGUCUCUGCAUGCUAUAGGGCCUUUUGCGAAUACGUCAAUUCCUAGACAUUUGUUUCUGCCACUCGGUCUCGGCCUGCUUGACCCCGCUUCCAUAGAUUUGCGAAUGCUGUUCCGCUCCUGAGGAUACCUGAUGGUGGACAGACGCAGGCCGAAGCUCUAACCCGCCUCCGUCAUUUCACGUCAUUCGCUCUUCACAUUGAUUCAUCGCAAUGUCUGCUCCUCUGCUUAAUAUACCGGGUUGUCCGGCCCCGUUCAAGCUGGAGUCAGACUACCCUGCCACCGGAGGCUUUAUCCAAGGUCGAGCAUGUCAAUCACUCCCUACCAAUAUUACAUGUUGUCUGCCAUGUCCGAUGACAGACUGGGUAUAUCCUGACAACUUUUCACGUCUGAGUUUGAUCUCAAACUGGCUCAACGUCGGUGGCCUAAUCUUGUGUUUAUUCCUUCUGCUUUCAUUUGCGGCCUUGCCCGUUGAGAAGACGCGGCGGCAUUACCUCAGCAUCUGCUUAAUCGGUGCUAUUAUACUUUUGCAGUUGGGUUUUGUGAUACCGCUCGGUGCCAAUCCGGGGGAAUGCUAUGAUGCCAUCACUCCGCAUGACAUGCGAUCGGAUACCAGUUGUGCUCUCUCUGGCUCAUUUCUCCUCGCUGGAGGGUUUGCCACAAUGCUCUGGGUUUUUAUACGGGUACUUUCGAUGCAUCUCCAGGUUUGCUGGGAUAUCGUUCCAGGGCAUGUCUUCUUCUUUGGAUCCCUGUUUGCAGGAUGGUUUAUUCCCGCCAUUUUACUCUCCAUCGCCUUGUCGCUGACCGGGGUCUCUUAUCGUUUUGGGAAAACAUGUCAUAUCAACCAUGACAAGAGCAAUGGCGAUUUCUGGGGACCUCUUCUUGCCAUAGCUGCUGCCGCUUCAAUUCUGCAAUUCAUAACUUUUGGAUACUGUAUUCACGUCUAUCUCAAGUCUCUAAUGGCGGAAGGGACAGGGAGCGGCAACAGCUCUGGACUUCCUUCGCACAAUGGUAGCGUGACUGCAGCCACCGCCCGGGCGGCAUAUCGAAAAGUUCGGAGAGUCAUUGCUCUGCAAUGGCGGGGAAUUGCACUAAUUUUGAUUAUCAUUGUCGACUUGGUCUUUUUCUCGGUGAUAUUCUUGAGCAUGGAUGCUCAGACCCAAAAUAACAUGAAACACCCGGAAAAAAUGGAAGCCUGGCUAGAAUGCCUUGUCGAGAAUGGCGGAGACAAGAACAAAUGUCUUGACCUUGCGUCGCACCUAGUGGUCAAUGAAGCCACUGUCAUGGCCGUGUUGGUAUUGCUUUCGUGGAAUGGGUAUUGGAUUACCUUACUUGUUGGUCGUUGGACUAUGGUGACUGGCUGGUUCGAUGUUUUAAGAAAACGAUUACGAAAAAAGAGGGAGUUUGUAAGCGUCGAUGCACGGCGUCUCCCUCAGGAUGCGCGCACCUACGAAAUGCUCUCAUCCACACCACGUCCGCAUUUAAAGACACCAGAUACAUCAGUCAUCAGCCCGAUUGACUCAAUACAUCAUACGGACCAAGGAAAUUCGCCGGAUUACUUUGGCCGGGACGCGAAUUACAGUUCUCCGGUCUCGUCGUUCUCUUCUCCGAAAGCGCCGCAGUCAGUUAUGCAGCGGGAUUGGGACCCACGCUCUACUUUUGCGCCAAAAUAACUCAAGCAAAAGUAUGGGUUAAAGACUGCAGCAAAAGCCGUAAAUAAUUAUUCUUUUUGUUUAUUACCCCUGAUCAGCCCCUUGAAGGCGAAUUAUUAGCGAAGGCGAAUGUCGGCGUUACAGGCGAGGAAUUAUAUCCGAUUUCCUGAUUGCAUUCUUUCUUCUUUCUUUCUUUUUU